CCGAGCUCUCUCCUGCAGCAGUCCGCGAAAGCCUACAAGAGGACUACGUCAACUUCUUGUCCACAUCGAAACUUGUGUUGAAACCUCGUGUUGAAACCUCGUUCCCACGCGCAACAGCCGUACCCCCUACAGGCGGAACAGACCAGGAGCCACAAGAAAGCGUAUCCCCCCGUACCAUCUUCUCUAUCACCCCCACCGCCCUCAACUCCUUUAGUGCCUUUCGCCAGGGUCGUGGCCCCUUCCCACAGCCGCCAUGUUGGUCGACCCUCCCACCUACCUCGCUUCCCUCCAGAGCAACAUCCGCCAGAGACCGAUCCCCUGGGAUGGCGCCGUGAGAGCAGGCACCAUCACAGAAGACCAGCUGGCCCGCAUACGCGCCGUCGACAAGGCCAAGAACCCCGACGUCAGAAAGCAAAUCGUGGAAGCCGACCUCGAUGGAUACUGCUCGCUCUUCCUCGGCGACAAUGGCAAGCCGGGCGCCUUGCAGGGCAAGAACGCGAACGUCAUUCACUAUCUCCUCGUCUUGCUGAGUGAUCUUCUGCAAACCGUCCCGGCCCUCUCCAAAGCCCUGUUAAAGACUGGCGAACCCUAUAAGAACUUCCUUCCGCUCCUAGCGCAGUCCAACAGCUCGGAGGACCCCAUCCCUCUCCUCACAGCCACCGCCCUCACCAAGCUCAUGGCAGCCUCCCGAGACGAAUCCCCAGCGACACAUCACGCCCUACCCAUGCUCUUCACCUACUACUCCGGCCUGUCCAAGAGCUCGGACGCCGGUCUUCAGGACAUUGCGGUACAAGAAUACUCCUCCCUGCUCUACGGCCGUGCCUCGAGGCAGCAGUUCUGGAACCAAAGGAGCGAAACGAUUGCGCCCUUGGUUGACAUUCUCAAGACGGCGGUCGGCGUCGGAAGCAACGGCACGUCCUCGGCCAGUUUGUGGAACGGUAACGGGUCGGGGCGGAAUAACGGCUUCGAAGGCUCUCUUGGGGGUGGCGUCGGGCUCCAACUCCUUUAUCACGUUCUCCUUGUCCUGUGGCAGAUGAGCUUUGAGGCUCGGGACAUUGGUGACGACCUCAACGAUGAGUACGACAUUAUCAUUUUGUAUACGCAACUUCUUCGACUCUCCCAGAAGGAGAAGACGACCCGCCUCAUUGUUUCCACCCUGUACAACCUUCUCGAGGCCAACCGGACGACGCUUUUACCGACGGCUGUUCUUGCACGACUACCUGUGCACCUGCAAAACAUGACGGGCCGCCAUGUGACCGACCCGGAUCUGACGGACGACCUCCAGAACCUCAGGGACAUGCUGGAGGAAUAUUCCCGGACCAAGACCACCUUCGAUGAAUACGUCGCCGAGGUCAACUCGGGCCACCUCCGAUGGUCCCCGCCGCACCGCAGCCAAGUGUUCUGGGCCGAGAACGCACGCAAGAUCAUCGAGCACGAAAACGGAACCAUCCCUCGCAAACUCGCGGAGAUUAUGAAGAAGCCGUGGGACAGCGACAAGCAGGUUCUGGCCAUCGCGUGCAACGAUGUCGGUGCCCUGGUCCGGGAGGUGCCCGAAAAGAGAAGCCAGCUGGAGAAGCUCGGGUUGAAGACGAGGAUCAUGGAGCUCAUGGGCGAGGCGGACGAGAACGUUCGAUGGGAGAGUCUGCGAGCGUUGGGUGGUUGGUUGAAGUACAGCUUUGAACGUUGAUGAUCACGAUGUUUGGGUGGCCGUGGUAGAACGUGGAGUGCUCUGGAGAGAGCAAUUACUCCCGUAUAUUAUGCACUUUUUGUAACAUUCUUUAUGCUUUUUAUUUUCGUUUCCUCGGCGACGGUAGCAUUCCCCUUGGCUGUGCCGAUGGGCAACGGGACUAGGGAUGUUUCGGCAGUCAUGCGUGUUAGGGAAGGGGAUCUUCAGGGAGAGAUAUUCGAACACUGUUCGUCAUUGUGCACCUGUGGUGUAAGGUAAUGUCACGAUGUGUGAAAUUGACCAUUUGGACACUGCACAAGCCAUGGACGGAGAGUCCGAUAAACCGUUAUCCUGUGAGGCGGA